CUCAAUCAAAAACAGAGCGUAAUCCCGUGGAACCCAAUUGGGAGAGGAUGAGAUUUCCAUGAUGAAACGAAGGAAAAAAUUGUUAUUGAGAGAUUAAUGGCUUUAAAUGGUAAUUCCGAAAUGGGUUUUUCUGGGGACAAUCUCAAAGGCUUCAUUCUGGCUUUGAUGUCAAGUGGAUUUAUUGGGGCAAGUUUCAUCAUCAAGAAGAAAGGUCUCAGAAGAGCCGCUGCUACUUCUGGCAUCAGAGCUGGUUAUGGUGGCUAUGCUUACCUCUUGGAGCCUCUGUGGUGGCUAGGCUUGAUCACAAUGAUUGUUGGAGAGAUAGCAAACUUCACUGCCUAUGCAUUUGCUCCAGCAAUUCUUGUUACUCCUCUCGGAGCAUUAAGCAUAAUUGUCAGUGCAGUAUUAGCCCACUUCAUUUUGAAAGAAAGGUUACCCAAGCUCGGGGUGUUGGGCUGCGUGAUGUGCAUUGCUGGAUCGGUCAUAAUUGUUAUCCAUGCACCUCAGGAGCAUCCAAUCUCUUCUGUUAUGGAAGUAUGGGAUAUGGCAAUCCAACCAGCCUUUCUGCUUUAUGUGGGAUCAGUACUCGUUUUGGUUUUCAUUCUGGUCUUCCAUUUUGCACCACGAUGUGGACACACAAAUGUCCUAGUCUUCACUGGCAUUUGUUCAUUGAUGGGCUCUCUAUCGGUAAUGAGCGUUAAAGCCGUUGGAACUGCUCUGAAAUUAACUUUUGAGGGGAAUAACCAGUUAAUCUAUCCAGAGACAUGGUUGUUUAUGUUGGUAGUGGCUACAUGUGUCAUCAUGCAGAUGAAUUAUCUUAACAAGGCACUCGAUACAUUCAACACUGCGGUCGUCUCGCCUAUCUAUUAUGUCAUGUUUACAACCCUUACAAUUCUUGCCAGUGUUAUAAUGUUCAAGGACUGGGAUGGCCAAAGUGGUGGAAGCAUUAUAUCAGAAAUAUGUGGAUUCAUUAUUGUGCUCUCUGGGAGCAUCAUAUUGCACUCAACAAAAGAGUAUGAGAGAAGCUCUACUUUUAGAGUUGCAGGUGGCUAUUUACCCGUAUCCGCUUCCUUGUCUGCUCAGCUGUGUAGCGGAAACGGAGAAUACUCCAAGCAUGAAGCAGAAAAUGAUCCCCCUUCUGAAGAAUUUUGCUCAAGAAAACAAGAUUUAUACUAAAUGGUAAUCUUAAAAUGAGUGAUCUCUCAAGAUGGCCCAUUAGAUGAUUCCGAUCACCAAUUCGAAAAUGUCGGAAAUUCCCAUGAUUUGUUUUUAGUGGUGUUCUAUUGCCUCUUUGAGCGCCGUCGCAUUUCCAGCAUGAAGGCUUUUUGUGUGCAGAGGAGAGGAACUCAUAGCAGCUAAUUCCAACUUCCUGGGAAUCCGGAUUCGCAUAUGUUGAGUGUGUCCAAGAUUGCUGACUUUUCACUUUGAGUUGUUUGUUCCACUUUAAGGAAAAAACGCUUGAACAAAGUUGAAUGCCUUGGGGCUUGGUGGACCAGAGAACUUGGAUUUUGCAUGAGGAAAGCUGGACUUUGCU